AUGGCGCUGAGGGGCGUCUGGCAGCUGCAGAAGCUCGUGGUGAACUUCUGCGAUUGGGGAGGGAGCAGCAAGGGGAUCAGGGCUUUUAUGGAGUCGCAUCUUCCAGCUCUGAAGGAAAAGAAUCCCCAGUUAGAGGUGGUGACACAGCUUGUCCGUGGUCAGCAUCCCAACUUGAAGGGCAUUUACAAAAACCAUAACGAGAGAGUUGUUUGCGUCAGAAACUUGGCACCUGAGGACAUAAUGUUGCAAGCUAGUAGGCUAAGGUGUUCUCUGGGCAGGAAAGUCGUGAAGCUGAGAACCAGACACGUGACGAAAAGGCCAAGCGUCCAGGGAACAUGGACGACGGAGCUGAAGAUUAGUUUCAGUUUCAGUUUCAGUCUGCCCUCCUUUUGUUUGAGCCGCAGGCUGAUAAUAACAUAUGCCUGA